AUGGUGGUUUCCUCCGAAGUCAAGCUGGUAUCUGCAGCGGCGGGCCUGUAUUCGUCGUUCCUGUAUUGGGGGUACCUACAGGAGAAGAUUACGGGAGUCGACUACGUGUCUCCACACGAUGCAAAUGUGACCGGUCGAUGGCACUUCAGCUUCGUCCUAAACGCGUGCAUGGCGAUGGCGGGUAUCCUUGCGGCUUCUCUCCUACUCCUCAUCACCGGAGAGACCAAGGGCAACCCGCACGUCAAGAACUUCUGGCGCCCCGCUCUCACCUGCACGCUCGCAAGUCCCUUCGGAUAUUGGUCUCUCUCGUACAUCAGCUACCCGCUGCUUCUCCUCGCUAAGAGCUGCAAGCUGGUGCCGGUGAUGCUGGUGGGAGUGGUGUUGCUUGGACGGAGGCACACGCGCGCUGAAUACCUCGCCGUCGGGCUUAUCACGGCUGGGGUAGCUUUGUUCUCGCUAAAACCGGGGGCGUUUAAGGAGGACGCGUUGGGCGAGGAGGGGGGAGGGGAUGAAGCCGGCGGGAAAAACAAUGCCAUCGGGCUUGCGCUGGUCACGGUCAACCUUUUGCUCGACGGGGUGACGAAUGCCGAGCAAGACCGGAUCAACGCGCGCUUCAACGCGCCCGGGUCCUACAUGAUGCUCGCCAUCAACUUCUGGAUUCUCACGUUCCACGCCGUGUACCUGGGCGCAGGCUGGGCCGUUUUCGGCCCUGAGAGCGAGCUCGCCAAGGCGCUUUAUUUCAUGGCUACUUUUCCGGAGAAUCACCUUCCCGUGCGGCAGGUGAUCAAGAACGUUGCGGCGUUCUGCCUGUGCGCGGGGACGGGCCAGCUGUUUGUGUUCUUCAUCAUCAAGGAGUUCGGAUCGUUGGUGAACGUGACCGUCACCGUCUCCCGAAAGUUCUUCAGCGUCCUCGUCUCCGUUUACAUUUACGGCCACCGCCUAGCCUUGCGGCAGUGGGUUGGGGUCUUCUGUGUGUAUGGGGGGUUGGCUCUGAGCAUUUGGACGAGGUACCGCACCGGCGAAAAGAAGAAACAUAGCUUCUCGUCGGAGUUGGAAUUGGAACCCUUGACCAGCCCGUCGUCGCCUACUUCGAGACAUCCCCUGGGCGGCAGAGGGUGGAUAGUCCCGGGGGCGGGGGCGCCGGGCGAGUAG